GCAUAUAUGCCGAACAACGCUCGCUUUGUCCCCGCCGCGACACUCGCUGUGGCCCCUCGCCCAAGCUCGACGCGCCGUCCCUGUACUGCAAUGCCCUUAUAAUCUUCUUUAAUCCUCCAUUGUUCGCCGCUUUCACUCAUCUAGCCCCAGGCCCUUCCCUCCACGCGAUACACUUCCUCCCAUGCCCAUACGACGAUGCGACGGCGAGCUCCAGUAUACCAGACGUCCCCGCCGAAUGUGAUCAACGUAGCCCCAGUUCAACAAACCUCGCGACAUGUCCGGACCCGCACACAGAGCGGCCCGCUCGCAUCGGGCACUCGUCCUCGGCCCAGCAGCCCGCGUCCCCUCCACUGGCGCGCCGGGGUGUACUUCGGCACCCCGAACGUCGCGUAUGCCCACGAGACGGGGCACAGGCCACAACCGCGUCCGCGACCUCAGUACGGGUCGAUAGCGAGCCGCUGGAGUCCGCCCAAGUUCGCGACCGCGCCGCAUCCCUCCCGGUCCGCGCGCAGGCCUGCACAUUCGAGACGGCCGACGGACGCGCAGGUCAUCGCGGCGCGCUAUCGCACCCAGAAGCCGUUGCCCCCGACGCCGGUAUCCUCGACUGCGGGUUUGUCUGUGGGCCCUGGAGACAGCUUGUUCGUGCAUCCGCCGUCUACAACGGCGCCGACGAGCAUUGGGAGCUUCCCGGACCCGAGGAAUGGUGGCGCGCCAUUCAAGCCGCGCGUUGAAGAGCGAUAUAUGCAGGAGGCGUACCCGCAGAUGAUGGCAGCCUGGUACGAGGGCCACAAUUUCAUACGGUGUCCGCGCCCUCGGUGUAGAGAAGCGUACCCGACGCUCCUGGAUAUGGCAUGGCAUCUGCAACUCCAUGAUCUCAAGAGCCGGCAUAUUCACUCUUAUGGGUGGCCCGCGACACCGCACAAUCGGCCACCACAAACACCACCACCGAAUCGCGUUUUCGAGGUCGACCUAACCGGCUAUUAUCCACGGUUCUCCUUCAAGCGUGUCAAGAAGACCUUGGGGCAUCUUCUGUGCCUAUUGACGUGCACUCGGUGCUGCAGCGUCUGCCAAUACGACCCUUGAGGGCCACAAUCUACCUUCCGCUCAUGACCGUUACGACAAUCACGCUUGCGACGCCCCAUACAGUAUCAUAACCUUCCGGUAUUUCGCGGACUAUUAUUCUACACACGCCGCCGCGUCAAGAACUGUUCCGGCCGCAUCGCUACAUAUCUAUUGCCUCAAUGUCUCGCGCACAACGUCACUCGACCCACGAUCUAAUUUUCUUCCCGUAU